CGCUGAGAAUGAGCAUCUAUAGCUGAGCGCCUAAAGGCGCUGUUUGCCGCGAAAGGGUUAAAAUUACAAAUCAGCUAUUAUGCUAAGGUCUUAAGCCGACCGCAUGAAACGAUGAUAUAUGCUACAAGAUAAGUUAUAUGAUACAAGCAACGUUAUACAUACUUGUAUCAACGUUAAACCUAACCCCGAUUCCAAGUGAAAUGUAUUUUUAUUUUCACCUAUACACUAAAUUUGCAAAAGUGUUAUCUGUUGUAUAGACAAUUUGUAUGUAUUAUUAAACAAAAAAAUACUUAAAGUAAUAAAUAAGUAUGAAUGAUACAAAGACUAAAUUAGCCCAUGUAUUACAGCUUCUAAAUGAAGUUUUAAUGGAUUUAAAUAAUGUCCUGAAAUUUUGUAGCGACAUAAAAUCCAAAAAAUGGGAAAGUAGGCAGUGGUUUGUUCGUCCUAUUAACAGCACACGAAUAGAGAAAGGAUUAUUUUCAACCGCCUUUCAAGAAAUGAAAGAAGAUCCAGAUUUAUUUUUUCAAUAUAGUAGAAUGGAUCUAGAAACGUUCACUUACUUGAAACACUUGUUAGAAAAAUCUCUAAGAAAAAGAAAAAGAGUUGAUGUUAUUUCUGUAGAAGAGCGACUUAUAUUAACAAUCAGGUACUUAGCCUCUGGAGAUGAAAUCAUUUCUCUUGCCAUUCAACACAGGAUAGGAGAAUCAACUGCUCGUCAAAUAGUAUAUAAUACUUGUUCUGCUAUAUACAAUACUCUUUUCCCAAUAUAUUUACGCCUACCCGUUCAACAAGUUUCAGGACACGAUGCCAGCGCUCAAGGAUACCGUUUGGAGCUGGGUGGUAGGGUGUCGUCCUGAUGCGCUUACCUCCCAGUAGUUGAAUGAGAGCGUUGAAGAGAGCAGACUCAAAUUGCGAGCCUCUGUCUGUUGUGAUGAACUUGGGACAGCCAAAGCGUGCAAUUCAGCUGGAGUAGAAAUGAGUGGCCACAUUCGCGGCCGUGAUGUUUUUGAGAGGAAUGGCCUCCGGCCAGCGAGUGAAGCGAUCCACCAAUGUCAGCAGGUAGGUGUAGCCCUGGCAAGGCGGCAGCGGGCCCACCAAAUCUAUAUGGACAUGAUCAAAGCGCUGAUUCGGAUUCAGAAACGACUUGGGCUGCAGGUGCACGUGCCGACCAAUUUUAGAGCGUUGACAAUGCUCGCAGGCGCUGGCCCAUCUGGUUAUGUCUUUUGACAUAGAAGGCCACACGUAGCGUUGUGAGAUGAUCUUGGUGGUGGCGCAACCUGAAGGAUGAGAAAGAGAAUGAGUGAGGUCGAAAACUUGUCUACGGAAUGCUUCCGGCACGAAAGGCCUGAUGUCGUUUUGCGAAACGUCGCAGUAGAUUUCUAAGUUCUCCGGUCCCAGUGUGAGUUUACGGAGUUUAAGAGAAGUGGUAGCGCUUAUGAGAACGUGCUGCAGUUCCUGAUCUCCCGUUUGUGCUUGCGAGAGCUCAGCAAAAUUGAGCAUUGUGGAC